AUGACAAAAAGUAACUUUGCAGAGAGAAGCAUACAGAAUUUAGAAAACAGAUUACACAGAAUGUUUGCUCAUAAGCAAUCUUACAAAUAUCUGAACGAAUUACCAUUUAUCACAGAGAGCAUUAACAAUACACCGUCUCGACCUUUGGGAGGAUUUGCACCUGCAAACGUCACUGAAAAUAACGAAGACGAAGUUCGAUAUAGUGCUUAUUUACACAGAACUAAAAAUGAUAAGAAAACACAAGGUCCCAUGAACGUCAAGUCUUCAACUACCAAAUAUUCAAAAGAGAAAUCAUACAAGUUUAAGAUUAACGAUAAAGUGCGGAUAACACAUUUGCGCCUAUUGUUUCAAAGAGAAUACGAUCAAAAGUGGAAAGGAGAAAUAUUCAAAGUCAGCAGUAGAUUCCGCAGUCAAGGCAUUCCCGUGUACAAACUCAAAGAUUUUGCAGACGAAUCCAUAUCCGGUACUUUUUACUCUCAAGAACUGCAGAAAGUUAACAAGGACGACGAUUCCAUUUGGAAAAUCGAUAAAAUUUUAAAAGAACGAAAGAGAAAGGGGGUAGCUGAAGUACUGGUAUCCUGGCACCAGUGGCCAGCCAAAUUUAAUUCCUGGAUCAAGAAGUCAGACCUGCAAGAGGUAUAA